GGGACAUUUCUUUGGGCAGCUCUUGUCUUAAAGGAGCUUGAGCCCGUAGAGAGCUGGGACGUGCUCGAUGUGCUUCAGGAUAUGCCGCCAGAGCUAGAACCACUCUAUAAUCGGAUGCUAUGUCAGGUUGAACAGCUACAACACAGCGAUCCAGUGUUCUGCCGUCUCGUCCUUUCUACUAUAACGCUUGCGUACCGCCCACUCCACCUGCUCGAGGUAGGGGCCCUCUCUGAUCUGCCUGAGAAAAUGUCUGCCAAUCUCGAUAAAGUCGUGAAGGUUGUCAAUAAAUGCGGCUCGUUUCUCACUAUACGAGAGAAUCGGACGUAUUUUAUCCAUCAGUCGGCAAAGGACUUCUUACUUGAAAGGGCAUUUGAUAGAGUAUUUCCAUCUGGAAUGGCGGAUAUAACCUAUACUAUGUUCUCAAAAUCACUCGAGAUUAUGUCUAAAACGCUUCGACGCGACAUCUACGAAUUGCGCGCCCCUGGAUUCCAGAUUGAAAUGGUCGAGCCGCCAGAUCCAGAUCCACUCGCAGCAGCGCAAUACUCCUGUCUCUAUUGGGUUGACCAUCUACUUGACUGUGAUAGAGGACACACUACGAAUGAUGUUGUAGACGGUGGCUCCGUUCAUCUGUUUUUAAAAAGGAGUUAUCUAUUCUGGCUUGAGGGGCUCAGCUUAAUGAAAAGCUUGCCAGAUAGUAUCGUGAUGAUAAUGAAGCUUGAGAACUGGAUUAAGGUAAGUUAUAUUACGAUUUUGAGGAUGCCUUUAUAGAAGACUCUACUAACAUGAACAAGUUCAAUGAAAGCCCUAACGUACAUGCGUUUAUACACGAUGCUAGGCGCUUUGCCGUAUCCACCCGAUCAAUUAUUGAACAAGCGCCUCUUCAAGCGUAUUGUUCAGCUCUUGUUUUCGCACCAGAGAAGAGCAUUGUUCGAGAAGCGUUCGAGAGCUGUAUUCCACCUUGGAUCCAGACAAAGCCUAGAGUCGAAAUGUACUGGAAUGCGAUGCUACAAACCCUCGAGGGCCAUACUGAUUGGGUCAGCUCAGUCGCCUUCUCCCCUGACGGCAAGCAGAUCGUGUCUGGGUCUGGGGACAGGACCGUCCGGCGCUGGGACGCAGCCACGGGACAGCAGCUACUGCCAGCCCUCGAGGGCCAUACUGAUUGGGUCAUCACCUCAGUCGCCUUCUCCCCUGACGGCAAGCAGAUCGUGUCUGGGUCUUGGGACAGGACCGUCCGGCGCUGGGACGCAGCCACGGGACAGCAGCUACUGCCAGCCCUCGAGGGCCAUACUCAAACCGUCACCUCAGUCGCCUUCUCCCCUGACGGCAAGCAGAUCCCAACCUUACACGUUUCUGAGAACUGGCUAGCAGAUGGCACUACUAAUUUUCUCUGGCUACCUACUGGUUAUAGACCUACUUGUCAAGCUACAUGGGGUGGAAUUAUUGCGUUAGGACUUUCCACAGGAGGAUUGUUAGUUCUUCAGUUUGAACAACGACUUAAGCUUGUAAUAUAG